ACUUUUAUCGAAGCCAAUCGCUCUAAUAAAUAAUUACAUAUUCCAGUUUGCGAAGUUGGGACGUUGACGUCUCGACCUCUUUUUGGUGUUUGUCGUCGACGGUCACCAUAGCAACCUUCUUGAUAGGGAUACAAGCGCAACAGUCACGAACGGGUGGCCGUUCGCCAGCGUUGUUUUAGUUUACAGUUUUGGAAAGUGCUGUGCCGACUGGGUUUAAGAAGAAGGUGGUUUGCUAUUGCUUAAGAGAAAAGGAUGGCUAAUCUAGACAUUGAUCAACAUAUGAUGGAUAUAUUUGAUUUCAAAAGGCGUAUCGGCAAAGGGGCUUAUGGGAUUGUGUGGAAAGCAAUUGAUAGGCGGACAGGAGAAGUUGUGGCCGUAAAGAAGAUUUUUGAUGCUUUCAAGAACAAAACCGAUGCACAGAGGACGUACCGCGAGAUAAAGUUCUUACGGUCGUUUGGCAUUCAUCCCAAUAUUAUAAAAUUAAAGGACGUUCACAAAGCAAAUAACAACCUGGAUAUUUACCUUGUCUUCGACUAUAUGGGUACCAUUGUUUUUAUGUACAUAAACGUUUUGUUAUGUAUCAACUUCUGCAUGCCACGAAGUUUAUUCAUGCAGCAAAUGUUGUCCAUCGUGAUCAAAAGAUAUACUUACGGUAUUGACAUGUGGAGCCUUGGAUGUAUUUUGGCAGAAAUGCUUCUGGGAAGAGCUAUUUUUCCUGGAAGUUCAACUGUUGAUCAAGUAGAGCGAAUAUUAUCAGUCCUGGGUCCUCCCUCAAAUGAAGAAGAUAUCACGUCUGCAAUUCUUAUAUCAUCUGGAGUAGGUGUGGGAUUGCUUUCGAGAGCACCCCGUUCUCGGAUUCCCUUAAAAGAUGUGCUGAGGGGGCAUCCUGAGGAUGCAAUUGAUUUGGUCACCCGACUACUUGUUUUAAACCCAGAGAAGAGGUUGUCAGCUGCAGAAGCUCUGGGACAUGCUUACGUGCGAAAAUUUUUAGAAACGUGUCCUGUGUCUGUAAUUAGCGUUUCUCCUGAAUUAGAAGAUGACAGUCAUUGGUCUGUGGCCGAGUAUCGCACCAAUCUGUACAAAGAGCAAGGGAUUCCACGUGUACGUUCAUGCUUUCUGACAAAAUCUAACAGUCAGCUGCUACAAAAUGGUGUUCACAAUUCAAGAGGCAAAGUACCUUCACAGAGCAGCAAGAGGCAAUCUCCUGAUGCAGUCGCCAAGAAGCCUCCUGAUAUCAAGAGCAGUGAACGGAAAAACAGCGUGGUUCUUCCUCCUGUGGAAGCAACACAACAAACAGUUGAUCCAUCUCAGAAGCAGUGCCAUUGCAGGAAGAAUGGUUGUCAUAGGAACGGUACUCGCAGUGCACCUCAAAAGACUGCCGUUUCGAAUGCUGUCCCCCAAGGACCAAAACUUCACAAAUCACAUAAGCUUCCUGCAGCCAGAAUAUCUAACAUGGCUCCUCCUGGAUUUCUACCUCAAGCAACUUCCACACCACACAGAAAAUGGACUGGAGAAAAUCUAAAUAAGACCACUUCAGAGAGAGUAUUUAACUCUAAGACUUUUCCUGGAUUUAUAUAUGAAACACCUUCCAUUCCAUAUAGAUCCAUUAACAAAAGUUCUCAAAGAUAUUAUUCAGACUGUACAGUUCAUGAACUGACAUAUGUUUUACGUCGGUAAGUUCAUUCUGCUUAAAGAUAAAAAAACUAUUAAAGAGAUCUUGUGAAGUCUGAGCCUCUAAUAACAUCAAAUCAGCAAUUUUCAUUAACAUUCAGAGUUAAAAUUAUUUAAGCUUGUGAAGAUUUUCAUGGAUUUUUACUGCAUUUUCAUUCCUUGAUACUUAUGCCAAGUAUUUUUGUAUCUAUACAUACAUCGUGAAUUGUAUUUUAAUGAUAGCAGUAACUAAUAAUUAAUUAAUUAAUGUAAGGAAUGGGCAUUCCUUUUUAAUGGGUAUUCCUUCUGUACUGUAGUGUAAAACAUGAUUUAAAUAUUAUUGUCUAUUAUACUAUGUGCUGAAAUUUGUUGUGUGUAUUUUUACUCUAUCAUUCUAUUGUGUACUGUUCAUCCAUAUUUUAAUGCAAGUAAUGUAAUUCUUUCAUUUUAGCUGUAUAGUGUACUUUAUUGUACUUAUUUUUAAAUGGAUAUUGAAAGAUGAAUUUUUUUAUAAAAAGCAAAAUAAACAACAUUCAAACAUA